CGUGACCGCAUAACGCGCGGAUUUCGCUAGGAAGUAUUUAUUGUCACUAGAAACGCCGCGCGUUAAAGAUCAAAAGAGAGCCAGUGAUUGAUUUUCAUAUCUUUUUUGUUUCUCUUUUACGUUUUCGUUAUAACUUGCAAAAAAACUAAAAUAUCAUAAACGCAAUUCAGACUGCGAGGAUUUAAACAUUUUUUUUUUUUUAAUGUGUAAUCCUCUCGUUCCUUUACUAUUGCUGCUUUGAUAUUUUUAAUUUUCAUUUCUCUCCACUGUAUUUUUACAUAAUCCUCGAAUCAGUGCGUAGCGGGUGUGUGAUUCGACUAGCUUGUAUAAUUAUUCAACCAUAUUAUAAGCGAUUCAAUCGAUAAUCAGCUUUACGGGAAUUUACUAAGUAGGAUAAACGCGACAUUUAUUUUACUUCGUGUUAACUAUACGUGCUCGUGUUCUGUAUUACAAUAUCUACGCACGCAUACGACACGUCACGUGACCGCUUGUUACCACAUCCUGUGUGUAUUUGUGAAUCUAAGAAAUCGCAAGAGUGUUACCGUGCGUGGGCAAUUUUAAUUCGACGACAAGAUAACGAAAAUAAGGACCAGUUGGACGUGAGAAGAUUAGAGACUAAAAGAGUAAAAGGAGAAGAAGGAAAAUUCUUCCUUACAGAAAUUCGUAUGAAAGAAGAAAGACACGUGAUAGCUUUCAUAUAGGAUAUGCACUGAACGUUUAUUCGAAUUAACCGAUUUCAAUUAAUAUGGUGAAAAAAUCAUUAGCCAUCACUUCGCCGAAGAAGGACGAGCUUAGCGUCGAGGAGCAGGUUGCCAGGAAGACGAGAUGGCGAAAUUUACUGGCUUUUUGGAUGCUUGGAUUGUGCAACAAUUAUGGCUACGUGGUGAUGCUCAGCGCUGCUCAUGACAUACUCGAGAGCAAAUUCGGAACGAUGGAUUCAGAUAACUCCGAUAGUAGCGACGCCACUGGUAACUCGACGUCAACUCGUUCUUGCAACUCGCUGUCAACAGGUGCCAUCUUAUUGGCAGACAUUCUGCCAGCAUUGGCAAUUAAGUUGACAGCGCCAUUCCUGCCAUUCGUCGUGCAUGCACGACUGGCAGGUUGCGUUGCCUUGUCCAUGGCCGGUUUUCUUUUUGUUUCGCUGAGCAAUGCGAAAUGGAUGGCCAUAUUGGGCGUUGUGGUCACUUCAAUUUCGUCCGGAUUAGGCGAAGUAACGUUACUUGGUUACAGUCAUCAAUAUACCAAGCAAGUCAUCUCCACGUGGUCCUCUGGCACUGGAGGUGCUGGAAUUGUCGGUGCAGUUUCAUAUGCGGGUCUCACUACUUGGAUGAGUACUGAGGACACGUUGCUGGUAAUGUUGGUGGUACCAGUAGUGCAGGCAGUUACGUUUUGGCUGAUUCUGGUGCAUCCUAAAAACAUCCCAAUACCAAUCACCAAAGAAGCUACUGAAAGUCAAGAAAUGAUAAUGGAUACGCCAAUUCAGAAUUUCCGUGAGAAAAUGAGAAUUGUUCCUCGACUUUUCAAGUACAUGAUUCCUAUUGGAUUGGUGUACCUGUUCGAAUACUUUAUCAAUCAGGGAUUGUUCGAACUGAUUGAAUUCGAUGGCAUCUGGUUGACUCAUGCUCAACAAUACAGGUGGUUACAGGUCGAUUAUCAGAUAGGCGUUUUUAUUUCUCGAUCAUCGGUUAACUUGAUAACCAUCAACAAAAUCUGGCUGAUGGCUGUACUCCAGUUCUUAAAUGUCAUCGUAUUGACUUUUGAGACACUUUUCUACUACAUUCCAAAUAUAUGGAUAGUCUUUGCAAUUGUCCUAUGGGAGGGUUUAUUGGGAGGUGGUGCCUACGUCAAUACUUUCUAUAAAAUGUCAAAAGAGGUGCCGCAAGAGGAAAGAGAAUUUUCCUUAGGAAUGACGACGAUGGCCGACUCUCUUGGAAUCGCACUGGCCGGCUGGUUAUCCAUGCCCGUGCAUAACGCUAUUUGUAAACUACCACAACCAGUUCGAUUAGGCAGCUAAUUCAUUAUUUAUUCAAUAAUAGGGGAGACCUCGUUAGGCCUCGCUAAUUUCGGGUACUGUGUACCGCAGAGUACUUGUCUUAUGAGUAAAUGAAAUUUACCUAGCGAUAUAAUUGCAUCGAGACGAAUUACCGUUUAUUAUGUUUAUAGGUAGUGUCGAAAUUUGAUACCUUGAUGGAGUUUUCUUUCUUUUUCUUUUCCUUUAAACUUUUUCUCAAAGUACAAAGUAUAUUUAUAUGUCAAUGAUGUGCACAACACAGGUGACACUCCAGUGUACUAUUGUUACAGUAUGUAUUAAGUAGUUUCUCUUGAAAUGCUUAAACUGUAGCAUAAACUAUGAAUUCAUAAAGAAACAAAUCUGAUUAUGCCUUUGGACCAAUUGCCAUCAGGAAUUGGUCAGUCGAUUUGUAUCAUAAGUUAUGUCAAUUAUGAAUAAUUAUACAAGAUUAUUUUCGUUUUUCGAAAUAGCUCCCACUUGGAAAGCACGAAGAUUUACUUAUCGCACUGCUUUUUGUUUCUCUUCUAUGCGACAAUGUGGGUAACCAGCCAUAUUAAUUGACUUUGUUUUGCGUUCAAUAAAAUAUUUCGUAUUGUUUA